GUCAAAGUCAUUUGUCAUUUGCAAUGGCCGUGUUGUGAAUUGUAAUUUUUGUAUUUAUUGUUUACCUGGCAUUUUUUAUUGCUUUACUUUUAUAUUUGUACGUCACCACCUUCGGGGCAAUCAUUGGGCAAGCGACCAAUUCAUAAACCCAUAUUCCUAUUAGAAAUGAUAUAAGAAUGUGGCGCGCGUAACGGAUUGCCGUUUCCUACAUUCCUAUACCUUUUAUGUAGCGUAACUCGCUCCCUAUGUGAUGUUAUUGCAAAUUGGCACCGGGAAACAAAGAUGCCUUUUAAGUUGAAGCUGAAGAAGACGCGGCAGUACAAUGUUGCGUCGAAAAGUUUGUUUGUGAUCAGUGUUGAGCUGCUGGACGGGGGAGUAGCAGAUUGCACGUUGUCUGUGGAUAGUUCCGGGCUCGAGUGUCUGGACAACGUGUGCCAGAGACAGGCGAUAAACCAGCCCGAGUUCUUCGGUCUCCGGUAUCUCAAUCGUAACUGCCAGCCGCGAUGGGUGCAGUUGGAGAGGCCCUUGAAACGCCAGUUGGACAAGUACGCGUCUGCUCACCAGUUGUACCUCCGAGUUAUGUACUACGUCAUCUCUGGGACGAGUCUGAUCACGGAUGAGGUGACCCGUUAUCAUUACUUCCUUCAGUUAAAGAAUGAUUUGAUUGAGGGUCGAAUAUCAUGUGAUUGUCAGCAAGCUGUGAUUUUGGCUUCUUAUAGUCGACAGGCAGAGUAUGGGAAUCAUGACCGGGAGCGUCACACAGUGGAAUAUUUGAAGAAUCUCCUGACAUUUCCAAAGCAGAUUCACGAUGGUAACCAGGUCAUUGAUGUAAGCAACCGAGCGGAGUCUGGAUGGCUGGAGAGGCUGACCAGUGCUGUCAUACAGCACCAUAUGGCUCUCCACAACAUGUCACAGGCCCAAGCAGAAGAAGGUUUCAUCACAACCUGCCAGCAACUGCCAGGAUACGGACAGGAGACGUUCAGCGCACGUGACCAGCGGACUCAGAAGGAAGUGACCCUUGCUAUAUCCAUCACUGGCAUUAAGGUCAUAACUGAUAGCGCCGAGACUUCUAGAUAUUACAGAUGGAUGGACAUAACCAACGUGAUAAACCACAAGCGUACCUUCAGCAUCGAGUGCCAGAAGCAGGCUUCCUCGUUGUCCUUCACGCUGUGGAGCCCAGAGGACGGGAAGGACGUGUGGCGCAUGUGCGUGCAGCAGCACACGUUUUUCAUGCAGCACCAGAACGCCUUCACUGACCAGGAGCAAACUAACAGACAGGGAACCGCAUUGUGCACCAUCCAGCAGUGCACGCCGGCGCCGGAGCCCCGCGCGCAGGUGUCGUGGCGUCAGUCGCGGCCGGGCUCCCGCCUGGAGCCCCGCCCGGAGCCGCUGUCCCCCGCGCACCGCGCGCACUCCACCUCCUGUCUCGAGCGCGCCGAGCGGCUCCAACACCAACACACCACCAGAGCCCUGCCCCCCUCCUACCGCCCCGCGCCGGACUACGAAACAGCCGUCCAACAGAAAUAUCAGCAACAAAGGGCCGAACCCCAACUGCGCUUCCAAAACCACCCCCUGAAACCCCUAGCAUACGGCUCCCACCCCGACAUCCACCGAGUUCACUACCCCGACGUCACUAGACAUACCUUAUCUGUCAACCAGGUUGACGACUACCCCUAUGGCUUGAAACUCCUCGGCCCUAACUACCCCUUCGCUGUCAACCCCAACGUCCAAACGGAACUCAACCCUAAACUGCACUACGUCAAUGUGUACAAACCCCCUCCCCCGUACCCCUCAAAUGGUUUAGCAUCAAAUUCGACACCAGACUUAGCCGUUGCAAGCCAAGCUUUGAAUUACCAUAGAGGCUAUAUCAAUUGUAAUGUGUCCGGAUCGAGUCCUGAUUUAGUCUCAACUAGAACUGCUCUGAACAGACAGUAUCUAGGUUACCUCAACACCGGUAGCCACAAUGUCGUUAACUACGCACGUCCUAAUAUCAUGCCGACCACUCACGGCACUUUUAACAAUCUAGCUUCAGUUUUAGAUCCAAAUCCACACAUUAUAAUGGAUCCUCAUCACAUAUCUGACAAUAUCCAAAAAGUUUACGACGAAAGAGGGAAUAUUAUGUACUCUAUGCCGAUGCAUAGAGUGCCAUAUCAGAGACACGUGGUGAUGCCUCAGCAACCGAUCAAAUUGACCGACGCACAAGAACCUAUAUACGAAAACGUUCCGCUGCCGUGGCAGAACGACCACGGCAAAAUCACUAUGAGAGAUCGAGCGCAAAGCUUGACAACUACAGACGAAAUAGCGAGGCUGAACGAACGAAACAGCAGUCACCCUACGAUAAAUAACUACGGGAAUUUGGAUAAAUUAUAUCCUCCCGUCACGAUCAACAUUGACACCCCAGACGGCCAUUACGUUAACGCCCAAAUCAUAAAAGGUGCCAGAGAAUCCAGUGUACCUAAGGAUUUAAACGCAAAUAAAUCUGAUGAGUUUGAAAAUAUAGCUUUAGCUGUUGAUAGACUAUCGCUACAACACGAUGACAAGGACGAUGAAACCCCAUACCAGAGUUUAUCGACCCAUCGCGUUUCGAACAAUAAUACUAUAACGAAAUCUGCUGACAACGUCACUUCGAUCAACGUGAGUGACGUUAGCAAUUUAACGGAAGCUUUAUCUACCAGUGUUAAUAGUAAUUCUUAUACGUCGAUAGAGAUAGACAGUGCAAAUACAACAAAGAGUGGCUCAGUUAGUGCGAAGGAGAAGAAAAGAAAGCGAUGGGGCGUGUUCAUGGGGAGGGCUAAUUCGAAGGAUGUGAAGAGUGCGACGCUGGGGAGGGCGCGGCCGGAGCCGAGACCUGCGCACACGCAUCGGUGGUCGACCGGAUUGCCGAAGUCGCAGCCGCUGCCUCCGAGCAUCACCAAAGAAACUUUGUGCCAGCUCCUCGAACGCAAAAUGUCGGACGAGCAACUAUCCUUCGCCUUCGACCAGAUCCCCAAAGGCCGAGCGGGGGCUUCCGCGGAACAAUUCAAAACCGCCCUAAUGCCCCAACACGCGGCAAUCAAUGGCCAGUGUCUGGACAGCCUCCCGUAUGAAGAUAAUCGGAUCAGGUUACACCCAUCGCCGCAGAACCCACAUGGGUACAUCAACGCUUCUCAUAUCACUAUGACAGUGGGCAGUACGCAGCAGUUCUACGUAGUGGCCAAGCUGGGGUCCACGCCCAGCAGUGGGCAUACAACCUCCAACCCCGGCGCUUGCUCGUGCGGCAGUCAGUGCCCGCUCGUGUGGGAGUGCGCGUGGCAGGUCGGCGCCCGGCUCCUAGCGCUGGUGGGCGAAACUAAGCCUCAUUAUCUCCCCACCGACACGAAGACACAUCAGUAUGGAGAGUACCAAGUGACGUGCGGGUCAGCGUCCACAGCGUCGUGGGGCAGCUCCGUGCUGGUGAGCGUGCGGCGCGCGGCGCGGCACGAGCGCGCGCGCCGCCUGUGGCACGUGCACUACCGGUGCUGGUCUGCGCGCGGACACGUGCCCGCUGAUGUGGAGGGCUUCCGAGAAUUCAUAUCGGAGCUGAACGCGCUACGGCUGGCGUGCGAAGCGGAGGCGCUGGAGGAGAAGCAACCGCUCGCCUCCAGCAGCUCCCCGCUCGCCUUCCUCUGCCACAGCACCGGCCGGGCCGGCACGGCGCUGGCUGCUCAUCUGCUGCUGCACAUACUGGACAACAACCAGGAACUAGACAUCCCUCGCACAAUAAGCUUGCUUCAACAACAGCGCGCGAGCCUCAUAGAAAACGUGCACCAAUACAAAUUCCUGCACGAGGUACUUCUGCAUUAUCUCAAACAGUCACGGCUCAUUUAACGAUACAACACUGCCAAAGAAAACUUCAUGAUUUAAGAGUAAAGUGCGUAAUUUAUUUGAAAAAAAAAAACAAUCAGAUACCUUUUUAAUCCUGGCAAUUUACGUCCGAGAUUUGAAAGCGUUUCACUUUUGAAAAAAUACCGAGCUCUAUGGCUGCAUUCAGAUUUUAAAUAAUAUUAAACUCGUAAUGCUGGCCAGUGGAAUGGUUUUAAAAUAUUUUUUAUUUAAAAAAUAUAUUGAAAUAAGAAUUGAAAUAGCGCGAAGUUUUACUAUUGCGUUGUGUUUUUAAAUGUUAUAAUGGAUUUAUGUACAUAAAUGUAAUCAAUUGUCAUUUACAUAUUUAAAUUUAAUGAAUAAAUUAAUUUAUUUGUAUUGCUCAAUUCUGCGAUUAUGCUUUAGACAAAGGUUUAAUUCAAAUAUUAUUUUGUAUCCCAUUUCUGUGUGCCAUCUAAUCUACGUAUUAAUAUUUCCGAUUCGUACUAAUAUUUUAAUGUCAGUAUUCUCGGGUGCCAUAACGCACACCAAUAUCUGUCACAAAUUCACAAAAAAAAACUAUUUGUUGAACAUAUAACUCAACGUCGCAGGAAAAUGUUCAUGUUAUUUAUCUUUAAAUUACCAAGAUCUAAAAAUCGCAGAUUGAUUUUUUUAUACUUACUAAUACAGAUUUUUUAAAAAUCUGUUUUAAUAACCCUUUAUACUUAACUGAAUUUUUUAAUUACUUUGAGAUUUAGAUUUGACUGAUAAGAAAAGCAAUCUUCCUCAAACAAUUUAAAUAUAUUGUAUAUUUGUUUGUAUUAGUGUCAAAUAUUAAGAUGAAUUUACACCGUAACUAUAGUUCAAUAAGUAAUUUUAUUCUUAAGGUUCUGAGUGAUACUUAUAAUGGAUUUGAAAAAUUUAACAUUUAUCCAAUACUGCUGUUCAAAUUAUAAAAAAAAAAAUAAUCAACGUGAAAAUAAAAUUAAACCGCUGUGCCUUAUACAUUGUGCUUUAUUCAUACAUGGUUAUCCAAAAAUCCAAAUACCACGUUUACCAAGAUUUCGUGUAUUCACUUUUUUCCACUGUAGAAAGAGAUACAAUGAUUUUAUUUGGCAUUGUAAUUAAAAAUACGGUUGAUUCCCGUAUAAUUUAUCGACGGAGUUGACUAUAAUUUCCAUAUAUUUAUGAGAUCAUUCUCAGCACGUGUGCGCUGUGGCCUAAUGGGGGCACUGUCAAAUAAAAUUUCAGUUUGAUUUGAUUUUAGAUAACCGUGUAAUUUGGUAAUAUUUGUAUUGCUCUUUUGUCAACGCAAAGCAAUCAAAUUAUUAGGCGUGAUAUUAUGAGUGCACUAAAAGUAUUAUUGUAGGUAUAUAAGUAUAUAUGAAGGCUUGUGUAAAUCAGAUUUUUGUAUAAAUGGAUUUAAAAAAAAGCUCAUUUUCUAGUUGAUAAGAUCAUGUGCCUUAAAUUGGAGAUUAUUCGCGAUCUGAUCAUAUUGUUCGUGUGCCUUGUGUUGUAUUUAAUGUUGAUUCGUUGCUCGUAGUGUUUUUAAUAUUAAUUCCAGAUUCCUCUAUAAACUAGCUAUUGCCCGCAGCUACGCCCGCGCUAGCCAAUAUUUGACCUCGGAUCAUUCGCUAAUAACUAACCUAAAUUUAAUUUAAAUUGGUCCAACAGUUUAGCAGUGAAGGAGUGACUGACAGACAGACAUCCGCAUAAUUAUUAUCCGAUAAUUAUUAUUCCACAUAUUGUUUUUUUUUUAUUCAUGGACUAUCUUUUAUUUUUUUAUCUGUAAAGUAUAAUAUUUUACACGUCCUCUUUAAGUAAUAACAAAUGCUUGUGAGCAGCGAGUCAAUAUUCUACUCUACCGUAGACGGAGAAAGCGAUAGACAUCGUCAUAUAUUUUAUUUCGCUCAUACAAGAAGGAGAAAAGCGUACUACAAAUACACUUGGAGAAAAGGGACGUUAAUAUCUUCCCUUUUCGCGUACCGGUUUUUACUAGGUCCACCCUACCGCGUCAUACUGGGUAGGCGUAAAAUUUUAAUAUUUCUAUCUCAUGUGUACACUCACGAUUUGUCUCUUGUUAGUUUUCUCAGUCUACGUACUCUACCUACUUUAAGACGUUAGUCUAAAUCCUGUGCCAAUCACAAAUAAUUACUAAUUCCCAGUUCCUGAUUGGCUGAGGAACUGUCAAAACGUUGGCGUUACAUUUGACAUGCGUCUUAUAUAGUAGAGUAAUUAGUAUUAUUUAUCAUCGAUUUAUCUUUAAAACUUUUGUAGUUAUAUAACAAAGUUAUCUGAGUAUGUUUUAAGUAUAUGAAUUUUACAUUGUUUACUUAUUAAUCAGUUUUGAUAGCGUUGUUUGUUUAUUACUUGUUUGUAGAUUUUGUGGUUUGGUGUGUUGUGGUUUUGUGUUUUAGGACGUUUGCUACCCGCCACCCGUCAAUACUUAUUUCAAAUGUUUCCUAUCAUUUUUCGACUCAAGAUUUAAUUAUAGAAAACAAUUAUUGUAAUUUCGACCAUUUCAAAUAUUUAAGUUAAUUUAUUUUUGAACUUUCAAAUAAAAUGAGGUUUAUUGAAUCUCAAGGGUUUACAGUUAAAAUUUAAAUUGAGGUGUAAUGAAAUAAAAUUAUUGGAUUCCUUAACAUUUUUAAUGUAUAACUUGUUAAUGAUACAUUAUAGUUGUGGAACAUUUUAAAUAUUGAGGAACAAGGUCAGAGGGACGGCGGGGGAAAAGGAUAUAGUGUAAACGCGACCCGGAAACUAUAGUUUUCGAAAAGUUUCCGAGUGUAGCACGUUGUCUCUCAUCACCCCACCUCACCUUACUUUUGAUGGGUGAACGUUGGCAUCAGUCCGGUGUCUCGUCGCAAGCAUGUGUUCAUCUCAUAUCGCGUUACAAAACGAUCGCGUUUCUAGUCGAAUGGCAGCUACUAUGUUAUUUCUUUAGCGUAAGAUCCAACUCAGUAAAAUAGUCAGCCAGGUUAUAAAUUAUACUUUUUUCUUUUUCAUAACUUGUGUGGAUAUAUAUUAUUUUCUUGGUUUAAUAUUUUUACGCAUUUACGACGCUGAUAAACGCAGUAAUUUAAUCUAGCUUUAAAUAAAUUUAUAUGUCUUAUUAUUUUUACUCUCGAGUGGAAAUGGCAAACAAAUUUUUAUUACAAUACAUUUUUUUGGUGUAAUUCAGCCUGGCCGAGAUUAUUUGUAGCAACAGUUUGUGAAAGUAUUUUUUAUUUAUUAAUUAUAAUGAUUUUUUAUCUUUUAAAUAUAUUAUCAUGAAUUCUAAUUCUAUUACAAUAUUUAAAAACAGAUAUUUUGAAUGUCAUAUUUUGAAUGUCUUAAGAUUUUAUUUGCAUGUGAGAAGCGAUCUAAAAUAUUUAUUUGGAAAAUAUAUUUGGGUUAUUGUAAAUUUCGUAAAUUGUGAAUUUUGAGCUGACAAUAAAAUAGACAAUUUUA